AUGCCAGAUAAAAGAUAUCUUGAAAGGAGGUAGAUAUAAGUAAGAAUAAUAGUCAGCAAUAGGUGUUGAAAUAGGUAAGUGAUUUAUCAAGAAUUUCUCAGCCAAAUACAAUUCAACAGUUAUGUAUAUAUAUCAUUCUAUAGACUAUAGGCUAUGUUCGGUUACGCACGGCUGUAGCAAUGGAUAAUAUAUGCAGCAUCUAUGAAUAUGAAAGUUACAGAGUUACUAAGAAAACAUACUAAGCUUCAAGUAGCUCUGCAGUAUCUUUUAUAUGGAGCUACAUAUAUGAACUGUGAAACACUGCGCAUCAUGAGAAAAUAAAUCAUUGCAAAAAAUUAUAAAUUAUAUUGUAACAAGCUUAUUCUUUGAUUUUUGUUUGAUAAUAAAUAUUACAAUUUAAAUACAUAUUAUUUGUAAACAGAUGAACUCGCGUCACUCGUCACAUAUUUAUUAUAUAUAAAUUGCUACUUGUUUUGAGACAUUUUUGGAUAACAGAUACGGACUAACUGUUCAAAGAACUACUAUCCUGAUCCUGCAAGGACGACGUGUCACGUGGUCUUGUAUGGAGGGGCCGCCAUUAAAUGCUUACCCCAAAAUCUGUUCGCCUAAUACAAAACUGGUCGUAUGCUUGAAUUUUCGAUUGACGAGUAUUCGACAGCUGAUCAGCAUCAACUAACAAGCAAUCAUGAAUGUUGUACAAUCAUAAUUAAGCGGAAAAAAUUCUACAAACAAGACGCAUCUAACAUUCUUAAAAAAAUUGAUUUGUUUAAGAAAAAAUAUAUAAUUCUCGAUAUCCUCGAGGGAGAUUAUCAAAGGCAUAGAACGGAUUGAUAGCAGACUGACUACGCAUGUCAAGCGAAUGGAGCGAACCAGUUACUUUUCCACAAUAUCCAGGCAACAGGCCGGAGGCGACAGCAUCCAGCAUCCACCUCCGGAUCAACGCGGGCAUGUGGAGUAAACAAGUGUGAUAUGGUGAUACGUUCCUGGUAGCAUCGAAACACGAUGAGAUGUCGUAAACGCAAGAAGAUGACAGAAAAUCAAUAAACCGCCUUCCAGAUCUGGACUAACUUGCCCCUUACGAUUCUUCACUACUUUCUUUCAUGCUCGGGCAAACACAGUAAUAUGAUGCUGACCUGAUAUUUUUCAGACGUUGCAUGUCUUAUUGCUGUCUUCGUUCGUACCCGAUACCAUGCGUC